GCAGGCCAUACAAAGGUGUACCUCAUUACUACAGACCUCGAUGAGAAGAAGGCAGCGGCCGGUGCGUCGGCCCUGACAAAACUAACAUCUAGCAUUCGCCAUCAGGAGCGUAGCUUUAAGCAUUGGGCAGUAGCCCUACGCUUCCCACCUCCUGGACCACUUUACGAGUUUGUCGAAGCGGGGCCGCAUCGCAUCACCGGCCGCAUUGUAGCGACAACGUCGCUACAGACCUUCGAGGAACUAAACAAUGAGGCGUCACAAAUGAGAAGUCUGGGCAGCUACCCAGUUACCAAGGAAGCCGUCAACAAGGCAGUUGAACACCUGGCUGAUUUUGGACAGUACCAGAUACUGUCAAUGAACUGCCAAGAAUUCAUACGAAAGCUCCUGCUUCGGCUGAAGUUGCCUCUGCCGAAGGAAUUUGUUACCCCAGAGAACGCAGUAUUGGAGGCCGCCGUUCGAGGCCCCAUCAUGAGCGCCGCCGCAUCGGCGCUAUGGUUCGUCCCAUAGGCGCACAACUUUAACAGACCGCCCGCAACAUCUGCGGCUUAAAAUCAUGUGCCCGUGUGCCAAUUAAAAUCCAGGCGGACCAUUUUUAUGGCAAUGACUUUCUCAGACGUCCCUUUCACUCUGGUUCUUUCAAAUCCUUUUGAAGCACCCGUGGUUGCUUUGUGUCCCAAUGUUUUGGGUAGGAAUGGGGGCUCCAAGUCAGGCACACCAGCGAUUAUUCACAAGCGGAAUGUUUGACAUGCACGCAGGUAGCACAUGACAUGAGGCCAAAUAGGGCGAAUAUUGGUUUUGAGACGGCAAGUUUUGGACCUGCAAGGUCCACCGUUGCCUCUGCAAUGGCAGUUCUAGCGAAGCCACUGCGCCAGACAUGAAGCGGCUGUCCAGCCUUCCCGGUGAAUGCCCGUUAAUGGCUAAGGUAGGCGACGCCACUGGCCAUCCCGGGCCUGAUUUGCCCUUAAAGUGCUGUCAUUGGCUUUACCUCAAUAAGCAUUGAUUAACGUCUGUUCAGAGCGACAGGCAUAAAUGCCUUUUUUUUUUUUUGCAGUUCUGAUGGACACGUCUAUAUUUUAGGCAGAACCGCAUAUCAGCAUUAGUUUUCACGUAAUUUCACUGGCCAUUCGUGAGCAUAUAUCUUGCACACCAGGCAAUAAUCAUUUGAAUUUUUGCCGAUGACGGCAACUGCAACUAGAAAACUUUGGCGAUCUUAUUGUUUCUUGUUCGAUUUUUGUUUUAUGGUUUCUUAUGCAGCAAAUACGUAUCGCUUGUGUGCUGCAUAUUCUUGCAUAUUCUUGAAGAUUCAAGGCUGUUACCUUGAUUUAAUUGUUUCUAUUGUGUUCAAUCGUUCACACGGAAAUUGUGUUCAAGUGGCUGACGCGCCCUGCGCAAUAAAGCAUCAUUCAGCACUUGCCGUGUGCAUUCUCGGUAGGCACAAUCAGAGAUUCAUGGAGGUGUAGUCUUAAAAAUAUAUAUAUGACCUUACAUGUGGAUGUUUUAAAUAGUGUAGCGGGAAGUCAAUGUCAAAAUACUGCAUAACUUUAUGGUGACACCAUCUGUGUCACUUACCCGCAAUGCUGUUGCUAGCUGAACGUCUGCAGCUAAUGUAAAUUUUGUUGCUAGUACAAUGGAAGUCAUAUUGUAUUACUGCGUGCCAUAUUUUUCUCCAUAAAGCGCACAUCGCACCGUGUAGACGUGGGUCCUGCUGCCUGCUUGAAUAUAUUCUGCGUACACGAGCAAGCGGUAGGUCAUCGGACGCAUAAGAUCUUAUUAAAAAAUAUGGGAAUUUACGUGCCAAAACCACGAUCUCAUUAUCAGGAAAGCCACAAUGGAGGCUCCCGAAUAAUUGUGGCCACACUGAGUCCUUUAGGGUGCACCUAAUCAAGGUACACGGGUGGUUUCGCAUUUGGCCCCCGUCGAAAUGCGUCCGCCGUGGUUGGGAUUGGAUCCCGCGAUCUCAUGCUUAGCGGCCAAACACCAUAGCCACUAAGCAACCACGGCUGGUAAAACAUAACAUGCAUCGGCAAGCGAAAGAGAAAAGAGCACUCCUACUGCUUUAUCAGUCACACGAGAACUGACCAGCUUACAAAACAGUUUGGAGCGUCCCUUUAUAGGUGAAGGAUAUGCGUGCUUAGCCACUGAAAUGACAACGGCCAUUUCUAUGCAAUUUACUGCAACACGAACCACAGCGCACACUUGCCGCAAAAGCAGUGAGCAGUGUACCAAUGGCGCACACCUUUCGGAGAGGCCUGCAGCAUUUGCCUUUGACCUCCGACACGCUUGAGGGGCAUUCUCUCUCAUGUGGCUCAGCGAACGGACACGCAUAGCGCAACAUCGCUAUUCGAUGCCACAGUCGAGAAGCUUGAGCGUGCCAUUAGGCGAAGGCACCGCGGUGGUCGCCAUGUUUCUUUUUAUUUGACGAGCUUCAAAUCAUUCCAAUGUGUCUCGAAAAAAAAAAAUCUACCGGGAGUACUAAUGCCUACAGCGCACCCUGACGUUUUUAUCAAGACAACGGAUUGAAUCACGUUCCGACAUGCUCCCUCCUGUUAUAUCGUUAGUCUUUGGGUAAAACACAGCAGGGUAAACUAAAAGCAAAGAGCGCGGAGUUCCGCUAGCCGUCAUAACCGCUCGAAAUGGAAAGUGAAUACCCAAAGAGGAUACCACACUCCGCUAUCCAACAAUCCCCUACACAAUACGACCGAAUACCCUGCUAAAUCCUGUCAUUUUCUUUUUGUGUAUUUUUGUAUUACCUGUUAUUCAUUCGAUCUGCCUUCACUGAAUUUAUUUUAACUGAAAAUUCUACGUUUUACAGCGCAAAGUGCAUAGAUAUUAAGAAAUUUAUUAUGCAUAAUAUAUUUGAAUAAUGCAUCUAAUUCUUGACCAGUCCCCGUAGUUGGUAGGAGCCACGUGCUGGAACAACCGACGUCGAAGUUGCCCUUCGCACGCGCAGUCCGCCACGCGCCCUACAACCGCCAUCACGGUCCGCCUGGUUGGCCCUAAGCAGCGCGGCGCCAACCUCCCCGUGUGCCCUAGGCUCGCACGUCACCCCGGCCGCCUGCAGCAACAGCAGUCCUGGGCCCGCAACAUCAUGGCCCACGCCGGUGCUGGACUCACGGAGGUCUACUUGGUGACGUCGGACCUACAGGCCACGAAAACGGCAUUAGGGGCGUCGGUCCUCAGGCGGGCUACCUCGAUGGUAGCUAACCAACGACGAAGUUUCACACACUGGGCCGUCGCAUUUAGAUACCCUCCCCCAGGGCCGCUCUAUGAAGUGCACGAAGCCGGCCCGCACCCGGUGACGGGACGCGUGAUCGCGAUGAGGAGCUUUCAGACGUUCGAAGAGAUAAACAACGAGUCAUCAGAAGUGUCCGCCACGCGCCCGACAACCGCCAUCACCGUCCGCCUGGUUGGCCCGAAGCAGCGCGGCGCCCACCUCCCCGUGUGCCCUAGGCCCGCACGUCACCCCGGCCGCCUGCAGCACCAGCAGUCCUGGGCCCGCAACAUCAUGGCCCAGGCCGGUGCUGCAGGCCAUACAAAGGUGUACCUCAUUACUACAGACCUCGACAAGAAGAUGGUGGCGGCCGGUGCUGCGGCCCUGACGAAAUUAACAUCAAGUGUUCGCCACCAGGAGGACAGCUUCAAGCACUGGGCCAUAGCCUUACGCUACGCACCUCCUGGGGCACUCUACGAAGUCGUUGAAGCAGGGCCGCAUCGUAUCACCGGCCGCAUCGUAGCCACAACAUCACUCCAGACCUUGGAGGAACUCAACAAUGAGGCCUCAGAAAUGAAAGUCUUGCGGAGCUUCGUCAUAAGCAGGCAAGAAGCAGCGGAAGCCGUGGCGGCGCUUUCGAGUGUGGGCGAGUACCAUCUCCUGACGCAGAACUGCCAAGCGUUUGCGAGGAGGCUCCUCACUCGCCUCAAGGUGCCGCUGCCCUCGGACGUCAUCACAGCGGAGAGCGCCUUCCUGGAGGCCGCCCUUGCAGCUUUUGCAGUGAUCGUCAGCGGCUCUGCGCUGCGAGCGCUUCACUGACAGCGCAAAUUUCAAAGGCCGCCAUUCAGCUGCUCGCGUGGCAUUAAAAUUCCAGGCGGACCUUUUUGAUGGCAAUGACUUUUUCAGACGUCCCUUUCACUCUGGUUCUUUCAAAGCCUUUUGAAGCAGCCGUGGUUGCUUUGUGUCCGAAUGUUUUAGUAUGAAUGUGGGCUCCAAGCAAGACACUUCAGCGAUUAUGUACAAGCGCAAUGUUUGACCUGUACGCAGCUAGCACAUGACAUGGGGCCAAAUAGGGCCAAUGUUGGUUUUGAAACGGCAAGUGUUGGGCCUGCAAGGCCCACCGUUGCCUCUGCAGUGGCAGUUCUAGCAAAGCCACUGGGUCAGACAUGAAGCGGGGGUCUUGCCUUCCUGGUGAAUGCCCGUUAAUGGUAACGCUAGGCGAGGCAAUUGGCUAUCCCGGGCCUGAUUCACCCUUAAAGUGCUGUCAUUGGCUGUACCUCGCAAAACAUUGGUUAACGUUCUUUCAGAGCUAUAGGCAUUGAUGCAUCAUUUUGCAGUUCUUGUAGACACGUGUAUAUGUCAAGCAGAAAGGCAUACCAGCAUUAGUUUUCACGUUAGUUGCACUGGCCAUUCGUGAGCAUAUAUGUUACACACCCGGCAAUAAUCAUUUCAAGUUUUUGCCGGUGACGGCAACUGCAUGUGGAAAGUUUUGGCGAUGUUAUUGUUUCUUGUUCUAUUUUACUGUUUAUUGUUUCUUAUGCAGCACAUACUUAUUGCCUAUGUGCUGCGUAUUCUUUUUUUUUUAAGUUGCGAAGGCUGUUACCCUGAUUUAUGUUUCUAUUUUCUUGAAUCGUUCACACGGAGAUUGUUUUCAAGUGGCUGACGCGCCCUGCGUAAUAAAGCAUCAUUGUGCACUUGCCGUGUGCAUUCUCGGUAGGCGCGACCACAGAUGCAUGGGGGUGUAUCAUAUAUGCCCUUACAUGUGCAUCUUUUAAAUGGUGCUGCGGGUAGUGAAUUUCAACAUACUGCAUAACAUUAUGGUGCAAUUAUCUGUGGCACUUACCGGCAAUGCCGUUUCUAGCUGAACGUCUGUAGCGGCUCUAAAUUUUGUUGCUAGUACAAUCCAAGUCAUUAGGUAUGACUGCGCCGUAUAUUAUUUUUCUGUAUUAAGACAGAUCGCACCGUGUAGAAUGAGUCAUGCUGCCCGCUUCAAUAUAUUCUUAGGUAUCUUUCCCGGGAACUUCUUUCUAGCGUUUUUUUUUUUUUUUUUUCUUGUCAUGCUAGAUGAUUUUUAAGACCAAGUGGCAUAGUAGGCGUAAAUUCGAACCCGCAGAAAGAAUCUGCAAUGAGAGUAGACGCGCCAUUAUGAAGAAAUGUUGCCUGUUAGGCGAGUUUGCGCAUAUUUCUAUAAUAAGAAAUAUGAUAUAGAAGGGACAAGAAUUCGAGACAAGCACAACGCUAACUUACAGGUGAAUGUUUAUUUUGCGCGACGCCAGACAUAUUUACACUCAGGAGGGCGGGCAUGGAGGCCGAGAAGAGAGAGAACGGCACGACAGAAAGGGAGCGAAGGUUUGGUCAGAGGAACCGGAAAAAAAUGGAACAGAAGAAAGAGAAGGAAUGUUAGUGGCCCGUUGCGCCGUUGCGAAUCUUGACGGACGGCUGAAACGGGUGAAGCUACAAACCGAGGAGAAUUUAGGCAAAGGACGUGCAAGGGGCAGUAAAGACGGAGACGAAAAGCAAGGAUAAGGUUGACGGAGAUUAAACGAAAAUGGAAUGGGAAAAGAAAGAAAAUGAGCGCUGCUAAAAUGUAAGCUACGGAAUAAAAUCAAUUUCUGAAUAAACAAAAAUGAAAAAGAAGGCGGGAUGAAAAGAAGACACCCAAAGAUAAAAUUACUUUUGCUAGUAGGCGAGCUCUUUGGGAGAGUUAAAACAGGUGGCUUCUUAACACACGUUUGCCUCACAAACAGAAAAUAGCGUAGGCCUCGAAAAUAUCCCGGCGUGCGUAGGUUAUGGUGCGAAAAUGAAGUGCGCCACCAGUUGGAAUACGGGCCCGCAUGCACAAGAGCUGCAGGGCAAGGCUGGUUGACCGGACUUGACGGAGCAUGCGUACUGUACGAGCUGGUCCCUAUUGACGACCGCCCUGUUUGCCCGAUAUGCGACCGAUA